AUGCAGCUGAUUAGAGCAUAUUGGUACCCUUUUGGUGACUCCCCACCCUCUGGUGAGAAAUUGAUAUUGUUUCAAGAUGAAGGAAUCAAAGAGAAUGUAAGAAAGGAGAGGAGGAUGUCGAUAGCAAGAGGCGGAGGCAGCAUAGCGAGGGUGCGGAAUAAAGGUGGACAUCGGAGGGUUAUAACCAUGAAUGUUGUCCCUGUGCAGAUGGCGCAAACAGACGUGCAAUUAGCCCCAACCUUAACCCCUGAUCCGCAGGAUAUCAGAAUUUCAGUUGGUUCACAUGAUCACACAAAACCUAUUCCAGAUCUACUCACCGGAACUAGAAAAGAGUAUAUCAAAAUCGCUAUCCCUCUAUAUGAAGCAUCAAUCAGAGGCGAUUGGACAGCUGCUGAAGAGAUUCUUAAUAAAAAGCCAGAGUUGGUUAGGUAUAGUAUCACUGCAAAUAAUGAAACAUCACUUCAUGUUGCUGCAUCAGCAAAAAGCACCGAACAUGUUGUAGAAUUUGUGAAAAAUCUGAUGACUAAGAUGAAAAAGGAAGACCUGGAACUUAAAAAUACCAGUUCCAACACUGCCCUGUGUUUAGCUGCUGCAGCUGGCAAUGUUAAAAUAGUUGAGAUUAUGGUUAAAAGCAACAGGGCUUUGGUGGCAAUCACUGGUGCUGGUGGAAUGACACCACUGUAUAUGGCUGCCUUGUUUGGACAUUAUGAGACAGCCAAGUGUUUGUAUGGAUAUUCCCAGAAUUUGCGUGAUGAUUGCUGGACACCUCAGAACCGUGUUUGGCUUCUUCAGAAAUGUGUGGAGACUGAUAUGUUUGAUAUUGCACUGGAGAUAGUGAAAGCGUACCCAGAUCUUGGUGGGAAUACUGUACUUGGAAUUUUGGCUAAAAAGACUGAUGUAUUUGCUGCAACAGAAUCUAAUAUCAUCAGGAGAACUAUCAACUGGGUUUGGACUUGCAUUCAUCCAAAGGUGGGACCUUCUAAAAUGGAAAGUAAAGCUAAUGCAUUGGAACUACUAAAUAUUAUUUGGGGAGCAAUUGCGGAGAAGCCUACAAAGGAAAUUGAUAACAUAAUCAGAGGGCAGCCUGAUCCCAUUAAGAAAGAUGACAAGCCAGCUUCUGACACAGAACAAACUCUACAGCUACUACAAAAAAUUUCAGAAAAUACUUCUAAAAAGCAUGAUGAAAGGGGGACAGCUACAAACAAUAUGAAUGCAGCCUUGCAGGAAAAUGCAAGACCAAAGUACUCUUCCCGAAUACUGUUUGUUGCUGCUGAAAUGGGAAAUACUAGAUUUAUUAUUGAGCUCAUCCGUCUGUAUCCUGAUAUAAUAUGGAAAGUAAACGAUGACAAUCAAAGCAUAUUCCACACUGCUGUCAAACAUCGUCAUGAGGGUAUCUACAACUUAUUAUACGAGAUAGGCUCAAUGAAGGAUCUCAUAACUCCUCUCAAAGAUAAAAAUGACAAUAUUAUGUUGCAUUUAGUUGGGAAGAGUGCUAAGAAAAGGCGACUUGAGGAUGUGUCCGGAGUUGCAUUCCAAAUGCAAUGA